UGAUAACAUAUAUGGUAAAGUAAUCUUAGAAAGGUUUUCUUUUAUAAAAUAAAUUGAAUUCAUUAUCAAAUCAGUAUUUCGUUAUAUAUCAAGGAAUCAUAUACAUAUAUUCACAGAUUCAGAUCAUAAUCAAACUAAUAAUGAUUAAGGUGGAGAAGGAAAAUAUCAUGAAUAUAACUGAUAAUAAUGAUGAUAAUGAUGAUGGAAUCAAUAAAGUAACCAAUAUGACAAAUUGUUUGAAUUGUUUAAGAAGUCGUACAACAAUAUUGAUUAUUGUAUUUAUUGCAUUACUUUUAGAUAAUGUAUUAUUAACUACUAUUGUUCCAAUUAUACCUAAAUUAUUAUUAACUAAAGAAAUCAUAGAGAAUAAUUGUACUCAAAUCGAAUGUUCCAAGUCAUCUAAUCAUACAAUAGACAAUUAUAAUGCACAAAUUAAAAUUGGUAUUAUAUUUACUAUUAAACCACUUGUACAAUUUAUAGUGAAUCCAUUUGUUGGUCCAAUCACUAACAGAAUUGGUUAUAGUAUUCCAAUGUUUACUGGAUUUAUACUCUUGUUUGUAUCAACAGUUAUUUUUGCUUUUGAAACAAAUUUCUACAUUUUAUUGAUUGCCAGAGCUAUUCAAGGUGUUGGAUCAGCAUGUUCAUCUGUAUCAGGAAUGGGAAUGUUAGCCACUUAUUAUAUUGAUGAAACAGAACGAGGUCGUGCAUUUGCUAUUGCUUUAAGUGGACUUGCAAUCGGAUUAUUAAUUGGUGCCCCCUAUGGAGGUAUUACAUAUCAAUUUAUAAGUAAACAAGCACCAUUUCUCAUUUUGGCUACUUUAACUAUUGUUGAUGGAAUUCUACAACUGUUAGUCUUGAAACCAAAGAUUCAACGUGAAAGUCAAGAAGGUUCAAAAUUAACUGAAUUAUUAAAAGAUCCAUAUAUUUUAGUAGCAGCUGGUUCAAUUACAUUUGGAAAUCUUGGUAUGUCUGUAUUAGAACCAACUUUACCAUUAUGGAUGAAAACAACAAUGAAUUCUACAGAAUGGCAACAAGGUAUUGCAUUUCUACCAGCUAGUUUAUCAUAUCUAGUUGGUACAAAUAUAUUUGGACCAAUUGCACAUAGAAUUGGUAGUGGAUAUAGUGCAGGUUUAGGUUUAUUAAUUACUACUGGAUGUUUAAUAGCAGUACCAUUUUCCAAACGAAUGGAACAUUUAAUAGCACCUAUGUUUGGUUUGGGGUUCGCUGUUGGUAUGGUUGAUUCAUCAAUGAUGCCAAUCAUGGGUUAUUUAGUAGAUUUAAGACAUGUUGCAGUCUAUGGAAGUGUUUAUGCUAUUGCAGAUGUGGCAUUUUGUAUUUCCUUUGUAGUUGGACCAAUUGUUGGUGCUGUACUAGUGAAAUUCUUAGGUUUUAAUUGGAUGAUUUGGAUUACUGCAAUUCUUUGUUUUCUCUAUGCUCCAUUAACGUUAUUUCUCAGGAAUCCAUCAAGAAAAGAAACAAGUAAUCUAGAGUGACUACUAGUGAAUAUACUUUGUAUUGUGAUGAACUCUACUCAUCAGAUAAGUUGUGUGCCAUUGAACGUCACAUGGAAAUUAAUACGAUUGACAGUUCAAGACAAGUGAAAUGCUACAAAUACUUUUAAGACUAAAAAGUAAGCUAUAGAAGGUAGUCUGCUACCAGCUUCAUUUAUAAAAUACACGAUAGAUUCAAAUGAAAGAUUGAAGAAUAAGUGUAAACUACCUGGUUGGAAUUCGGGAGAUGAUAGCAACCGAUAGUUAGAAACCUUGAAUGUGACAUGGCUCAAAAUCGUUUGCAAUAGCGCAGGUGCAUCCAAUCUUUAUCUUCUCUCAAAUUCUAAUCUUCUGAAUUCUUGGUAUCCUUUAUUUUCUUUCCAAAUAUAUUUCACUGGAUUAUACUCCUUAAAUAACAUUUUCAAACCCUAGUCUUUCCGAUUACUGCUUAUACUUUUACUACCUCUACCAUUUCGGCAUUUGAAUCGACAUCUACAUCUCUGUGCAGUUUGAUUGUACGGAUCUGAAACUUUGAGAACUACUACAAACAUCUUCAAAAAGGUACAAGUAUUUAUAAACAAUAGUCUACACAAGAUAUUCAAUGUCCGUUCACCAGAUACCAUCAGUAAUAGCCUACCGUGGGAGAGAACAAACCAGAUUCCAUCUGAAGAGGAAAUUAGGAAAAGAUGAUGAAAAUGGAUGGAAUAUACAUUAUGGAAAUCAUCAAAUUUCACCACGAGACAAACACAAACUUGGAAUCCUGAAGGGAAGAGAAAAAGUAGAAGGUCAAAGAACACAUUACGUUGGGAAAUAGAGUCAGAUAUGAAAAGGAUGAAUAACAACUGGAAACUGUUGGAAAGGAUUGCUCAGGACAGGGUUAUAUGUAGAGUGCUGGUGAGCGGUCUAUUCUCCUCCACGAGGAGUAACAUCUGUAAGUAAGUAAGACAUAUAUAUAUCAUCUAACACUUAUUAGACUAUCUACCAAUCAUUAUUCUCCUCGUUCAAACAUCAAUAUGUAUAGGAUCUAAAUUUAUCAGUGUUGAGUGUCACUUCUAAGGAUGUUUAGAAAUGUUUGUGAAAAAUAGAGAGAAUCUGGAAAGAAACCCUGUAUAUUAAUUUAACCAAUCAAAAAAUUAAGGAGGAUUCCCAAUAAUAUUUAGUAGAAAGUUCAUCUAUUCAAAAAUUUAAAUUAUACCUAAUUUGACCAAUGAGCUUGAUGGAUGGUGACUAGCAGUGGAAUCCAGAAUGCGUGUUUCAUCCUAAUUAAGAUUCGUCAGAUGGAUGUACCUACAUCCCACAGUUUAUGUUCACUCCAGAGCUCGAGCACAGUACUGUCCACUUCAAAUGCCAUCUCGUUAUCCACUUAGCUUUUGAGUCUUGAUAUCCACUAGCUUGUGCAAUGGAGUGAAGUUUUACUUCUUUUUCGUAUCGGUCGGUUGAAUUUUCCCAUUGAUGGUUAGGAAUGUAAUCGAUCAGUCUCCUAUUAGCAUAUGUACAUCUUUCCCGGCUGUCGUCAGCAUGUUUUUAGGCGAAAAUGGAUGAGGAAUAGAAGUCGUAUCUGUGAUGUGUGCUACUUACGUAGACAUAAGUAGUAUAUGAUGUUAGUCGUGAACAGAAUGUCUGGCAGCAGAGAGACGAGAAGAUCGAACAAUAAAGAAUGAAGAAAGAAUGCAAUUUGUAUGAAAAUGAAAGAACAAAGGGAUUCUGAGUCAUUUGAGACAAUUGACGGACAUUUUGUAAAUUGAGCAUUUACGAUAUGGUUGUUAGAUUUUAACAACAAGUCCUGUAAUUAUGUGUUAAAUACAUUCGAUUGUCCCCACCUGUGUUUUGUUCACCACAGUAUCCAGGACACUUGUUUAGUCCCGGAGUAGUUAUUGACAGUGGUAUGCAGGUAUAUUUGUCUGAUAAGUUCCAAAAUAUUGCGCAACACGUAAUCUGAAUUCUACUGCCAGCCAUCAUCCAUAUUUGCUUAUGAAGUUUGUGACUCAAGGAGAUAUUGAGGCAAUUUGCAUACGAUGCACAUAUAACAACAACAGACAAAUCAAUUGCAGUCCUAAACAACAAUGAAAAGAUACAAGCAAACAUUAUCAAAUGAAUUUAGUUAUCCAAUAGGGAUACACGUUAUAAUAGUCCAUAAUUAACUCCUAGCAGUUACCAUUCAUCCACUCUUCGUUCAAAUAUAACACUUUCCAUUUGUUUUUCCAACAUAUUUUCAAUACAGAUAACAAUUUGUAAAUCUCUUU